GAAGCCCCUUGUAAAAUAAAAAGCGCCUUGCCCUGCUCUGACUCCUGCCUGCAGAGGGGUUCAGUGCCAAAGUGAAAGGCUUCCUAAAAAUGGGCUGAUCCAGGGAGGGGGAGCGAUUUAGGAGCUAUUGAGAAACAAGGAAGGACAAACAGGGUUAGGUCAUUGCUUCUGCAAACACAGCCAGGGCUGUUCCUCUAUAAAAGGGGGAGAAAGCGGUUCCAGAGGCAUCACAGACUUGGAGGGGACAGUCUGUGACCAAGGCUGCUGCAACCCCUCCUCUGCACCUGACUCCCCACUCAAAUAUGAAACUCGUACUCUCCACUGUGCUGUCCCUCGGGAUAGUGGCUCUGUGUUUUGCUGCUCCCCCCAAGCCAACCAUCAGAUGGUGCACGAUAUCCUCAGCAGAAGAGAAAAAAUGCAAUGAGCUAAGGGACCUCACGCAACAAGAGAGUAUUACACUGAAUUGCCUGCAGAAAGCAACAUACCUCGAUUGCAUAAAAGCCAUUUCGAAUAAUGAAGCAGAUGCCAUUAGCUUGGAUGGUGGUCAUGUUUUUGAGGCAGGCCUUGCUCCGUACAAGCUGAAGCCCAUUGUUGCUGAGGUCUACGAACAAAGUGGAGGCUCCACAACCAACUACUACGCUGUGGCCGUUGUGAAGAAAGAAACAGACUUCACAAUCAAUGACCUGCAGGGCAAGACAUCCUGUCACACGGGCCUGGGCAGGUCUGCUGGCUGGAACAUCCCAAUUGGGACACUCCUCCACCGGGGAGACAUCAAGUGGGAUGGCAAAGACUCAGCCUCCAUUGAGCAAGCGGUGGCCAAUUUUUUCUCUGCCAGCUGCGUGCCUGGUGCCACCACUGAACAAAAAUUGCGCCGUCAGUGCAAAGUGGACAAAUCCACAUGUACCACAUCAGCAUUUUAUUCUGGAUAUUCUGGAGCUUUCUGCUGUCUGAAAGAUGGAAAAGGAGAUGUGGCUUUUGUGAAACACACAACUGUUCAAGAAAAUGCCCCAGAGGAUAAGGAUAAAUAUGAGCUUCUGUGUCUGGAUGGCAGCCGUCAGCCUGUGGACAAGUACAAAGAGUGUCACUGGGCCAGGGUGCCAGCUCAUGCUGUUGUGGCUCGAGAUGAUAAUAAGGUUGAUGACAUCUGGAACUUUCUCGAAAAAGCACAGGAAAAAUUCGGCAAGGGUACAACCAACACCUUCCAACUCUUUGGGCCACCUGUUAAGAAAGACACAGGCUUAAAAGACUUGCUUUUCAAAGACUCUGCUAUAAAACUAAAGCGUAUCCCAGCACUGAUGGAUUCACAGCUCUACCUGGGCUUUGAGUAUUACAGUGCCAUCCAGAGCCUUCAGAAAGAUCAAUUGAACUCCAACCGCAGAGAAAACAAGACACGGUGGUGUGCAGUAGGCAAGGAUGAGAAGAACAAGUGUGACCUCUGGAGUGUGAUGAGCAAUGGGGAGGUAGAGUGCACUGUGGCAGACAACACCAAGGACUGCAUUAUUAAGAUCAUGAAAGGUGAAGCAGAUGCUAUCAGCUUAGAUGGAGGUUUUGUCUACACUGCUGGUGUGUGUGGCUUGGUACCAGUGAUGGGAGAAAGCUACGAUGAUUACAGUCAAUGCAGCAAAGCAGAAGGAAAACCAGCAUCCUACUUCGCUGUGGCUGUUGUGAAGAAAUCUGAUAGCGAAAUCACAUGGAACAAUCUUCAGGGCAAGAAGUCAUGCCACACGGCUGUUGGGAGAACUGCUGGCUGGAACAUCCCCAUGGGCUUGAUUCACAACAGGACAGGGAACUGCAAUUUCCAUGAAUACUUCAGCGCGAGCUGUGCUCCUGGGUCUCCUCCCGAAUCCCGUCUCUGCCAACUCUGCAAGGGCUCAGGGAGGAUCCCGUCUGAGAAGUGCGUUGCCAGUAGCCAUGAGAAAUACUAUGGAUAUACUGGAGCUUUCCGGUGUCUGGUUGAGGCAGGGGAUGUGGCCUUUAUUAAGCACACAAUUGUGGAGGAAAACACUGAAGGCAGAAAUAAAGAGCCCUGGGCCAAAGGUCUGAAACUGGAUGAUUUUGAGCUGCUGUGCACUAAUGGGCAACGGGCAAAUGUAAUGGAUUACAGGACCUGCCACCUGGCCAAAGUUCCUACCCAUGCUGUGAUCACACGUCCUGAGAAAGCAGAAAAAGUCCGUGAGCUGCUGCAGAGACAAGAGAAACUGUUUGGAACAAAAGGAGUCGAGAAAGACAAGUUCAAGAUGUUUGAGUCUCAAACCAAGGACCUUCUGUUUAAGGACUUGACCAAGUGUUUGGUCAAACUCCGUGAUGGAAUAACAUAUAAGGAAUUCCUCGGAGAUGAAUACUAUGCUUCAGUUGCUAGCCUCAAUACCUGCAAUCCAUCAGAUCUCCUCCAGGUGUGCACCUUCCUUGAGGACAAGUAGCAAGAUGGGAAGGACUCUUUCUGGAGUGAGGAGAAACUUCAAGCCAUGACUCCUCUCUUGCCCUGAGCAUGGAACACCAACCUGCAGAGGGCCCUCUGCCUUCACUGCUUUCUCUGCACUUCCUCAUCACUCUGAAAGUGGCUGUUCGAGACUUCACCGUUCUCUACUGCCAUCAAAGCAAGAAAUAAAAUCUCAAAUCUAAA